GUCGACAAAAAUUAUAAUCACGUGAUAUGCACAUGCAAUAAACCCUAAUAUUCCUCCUCUUCUUUGUUACCCAAUAUACCAAAUCGUUCCCCUUUUCCUCUGUCUCCGCACAGGCUUCCGCCGCAGGCUUGAGCUACUCCGGACAGCAUACACCAUGGCCACCGCCGGCAAAAAGACGAAGAAGACCCAUGAGAGCAUCAAUAACAGGUUGGCUUUGGUGAUGAAGAGUGGAAAAUACACUCUUGGUUACAAAACUGUUCUCAAGACUCUCAGGAGCUCUAAGGGGAAGCUGAUUUUGAUCUCAAAUAAUUGCCCCCCAUUGAGGAAAUCUGAGAUUGAGUACUAUGCUAUGCUUGCUAAGGUUGGAGUUCAUCACUACAAUGGAAACAAUGUUGAUCUUGGAACUGCAUGCGGCAAGUAUUUUCGGGUAUCCUGUCUUAGCAUCGUUGACCCUGGUGAUUCGGAUAUCAUCAAGUCUCUGCCCGGGGAUCAUUAAUUCUGUUGUUUGAUGGCACCAUGAGAUCAGAAUGAGUGAUGUUAAGGCUUUUGUUGAGAGGAUUUUAUUUUAUCGCUUAUUUCCCUGUAUUAGAAAAAUUAUUUUUAAAAGUUUCAUGUAAUAGAUCCAUAUAUCUCUCAGUUUUGUGUUAGCUGCCAUCGACCUUGAGUUUGAGAUUGGAUAAUAGAAUUAAUCUUCUAGUUUUACCUAUGAGCACUGAAUUGGUCACUCGGUCUUCCUAAGGUUUUCCUGAUGGCUUGAGUGCUAACUGCUAAGCGGUGAUCAAUUCUUCUGGUCUACGUUUUUUGUGCACUUUUUCUCUUUAGGCAAGAAUGGUUAGGUAUACCUUGGAUGAUUUGAAUCUUGUCUGUGCUAA